AUGGUAAUGACGUCAACCCGACAGAAUACAGACUCGACGACAGGCGUAGCAAACAUGUUGACUUGGCUGAAGCGAAGGCAAGACGGCGGCAGGAGUAAUUACGUUGGCUCGGCAGAGCAGGGGCUCGUCUACGGGCGUAGCGAAGAUGUCGACCUCGCCGAAGCGAGGGCUCAGCGAUGUAGAUGGAAAUUUACCUACGAGGAGCCCACUCCAAAAAAUUCUAAAAUCCUUGUGAAGCUGGUUCUCGAAACAAGCUCGUCGCCCUCGCUGCACGGCCGUUGGGUUGAACCUACUUCACACUCGUCUUUCUCGGAAGGUCGACGUCGUUCAGUGACAACAUGCCAUAGUCUUGAGUUUGUAAGAACGAGGUUGGACUCCUUGUCUUGCGGGAGCUCGUCUAAUUCGUCGUUUGAUCGUCUGUUGUUGAAAAGACGUGCAAAUGGUGUGAUUAGAAAUGUCCGUAGGGCCUCCAAAGGGCACGACAUUGGCCGGUGCCGCGUCUUCUCGUCCCAGACCUCUGAGGCUUUUCUUAGUGGGACUGCAGCUGGUCCUCCUCCGGUGCCGGACUCGACUAAAGAGACGAGUGGCUUUGCAAUGUCUGAUAUGUUUGAAGUGGUUGCCGAAGAUUUAGUUACGCUCAACAAGAAUCUGCAGUCUAUCGUUGGUUCAGAUAAUCCUGUCUUGAUGUCGGCUGCCGAGCAAAUAUUUGGAGCCGGUGGGAAAAGGAUUAGACCAGCUUUAGUUUUUCUAGUUGCAAGAGCCACGGCAGAGAUUGCUGGUUUGUCGGAACUCACGAAAGAACAUAGAAGGUUGGCCGAGAUCAUUGAGAUGAUUCACACUGCAAGUCUGAUACACGAUGAUGUAUUAGACGAAAGUGACAUGCGGAGAGGACAGGAAACUGUUCAUCAAUUAUAUGGCACAAGAGUGGCUGUUCUGGCCGGGGAUUUCAUGUUCGCCCAGUCAUCAUGGUACCUAGCAAAUCUUGAAAAUCUCGAAGUUAUCAAGCUCAUAAGCCAGGUCAUCAAAGACUUUGCUCGUGGCGAAAUAAAACAGGCGUCCAGCCGGUUCGACUGUGAUCUCCAGCUUGACGAGUACCUAAUGAAGAGCUACUACAAAACAGCUUCCUUAAUAGCCGCUAGCACCAAAGGAGCCUCCGUCUUCAGCUCGGUCCAUACUGAUAUAACCGAGCAGAUGUACCAAUUCGGAAAGAACCUCGGCCUCUCUUUUCAGGUCGUUGACGACAUUUUGGACUUCACCCAGUCGGCCGAGCAGCUGGGCAAGCCUGCCGGGAGUGACCUGGCAAAGGGUAUUUUGACUGCUCCUGUUAUUUUCACCCUGGAAAAGGAGAUGCGGCUGAGGGACAUAAUUGAGACCGAAUUUUCCGAGUCGGGCUCGCUUGAAAAGGCCAUUGAUUUAGUCAAGAACUGUGGGGGUAUUGACCGGGCCCGUGAUCUGGCCCGGGAAAUUGCUGAUCAGGCAGUCUGUAAUCUGCACUGCCUUCCGCAAAGUCCCUUCAGGCAAGCGCUUGAGCGAGUGGUGAACUAUAACUUGGAACGUAUAAAAUGA